GGCGCCCGCCCACCCGCCGUAGCAAAUCAUCAUCAUCAGCGUCAUCUCUGGCCUAGGUUUUUCCAUUUUAGCCCAAUUUGGCAAUCCCCAUUCAAAUUGCUGUCCAAAUCGAUAAAAUUCGAAGCAGAUUUAAUCCUUGCCAUGUAAAAUCUGUCUCUCUGAAAUAUCUGCGAGCAGAUACCGACGUCGUUGGGAUUUUUUUGGCAGAAGGGUACCAGUGUCUCAGUUUCUGGCACUGUUUGCGCAUACAGCGGGCGGCGAAAUGAGCUGGAGAAGAUUGGGCAAGUCGCUGCAAGCCGUGGCGGCGCACUCUUCGCUUUUUCUCUUCACGCUUUUGCUUGUUCUCAAGCUCGAUCACACCGCCUCCUAUUCAUGGUGGAAUGUUUUUUUCCCACUGUUCCUAUUUAAUGCAAUUGUCGCCCGCGGAAGAUUCUCACUACCUGCCCCAUCAGUUCCUCAUGAUCGCAAUUGGGCUCCAUGCCAUGCUGUAGUUGCUAUGCCAUUGCUUGUCGCCUUCGAACUGCUGCUUUGUAUAUAUCUCGAGAGUCUAUAUGCUUAUGGUUCUGCUGCUGUAAGUCUGAAAGUUGUGUUCCUUCCAUUGGUGGCCUUUGAAGUCAUUAUUCUUAUUGACAAUUUUAGAAUGUGCAGGGCAUUGUUACCGGGUGAUGAUGAAAGUAUGACUGAUGAGGCAAUAUGGGAGACUCUUCCUCAUUUCUGGGUUGCCAUAUCAAUGGUUUUCUUCCUUGCUGCUACAGUGUUCACUGCCCUGAAGCUUUGUGGUGAUGUUUAUGGUCUUAGCUGGUGGGACUUGUUCAUAAAUUAUGGAAUUGCUGAGUGCUUUACAUUUCUUGUCUGCACCAAAUGGUCCAACCCAAUAAUUCAUGGAGAUUCUCAAGCUAGAGAAGAAGGCUCCUCUUCCAGUAUUAGAUACCUGGACUGGAACAAUGGUUUAGUGGUAUCCUCCGAGGAACAAUCACAAGACAGAAUGUGCAGCCUACAAGAUUUUGGUGGCCACAUCAUGAAAAUCCCUAUUAUUGUUUUCCAAAUCCUUCUUUGUAUGAGGCUUGAGGGAACCCCGUCAAGUGCUCAGAAUAUUCCUCUUCCGGUUAUCUUCUCUCCAAUUUUUAUAUUGCAAGGAAUUGGGGUCGUGCUUGCUAUAACCAGAUCAGUAGAGAAAACUUUCCUUUUUCUGCGAAGUGAAGCUGGUAGAGGAUUAUAUUUUGUAUACUCAGCAAGAGUUUAUGAUUGCUUUGGUUUCCUUCAUCAUGGCUCCAGAUUUCUUGGAUGGUGGUCCAUUGAUGAAACAAGCAGAGAAGAACAGGCUCGACUGUUCCAAGUUGGGGCUUCAGGAUAUGACACAUUCUCGGGUUAUCCUCCAGAAAUAGUGAAGAAAAUGCCAAAGAAGGAUCUUGCUGAGGAGGUUUGGAGACUUCAAGCAGCACUUGGUGAGCAAGCUGAAAUCACAAAAUUCAGCCAGCAGGAGUAUGAGAGGCUUCAACAGGAAAAAAUUCUGUGUAGAGUCUGCUUCGAGGGUGAGAUUUGCACGGUACUUCUUCCUUGCAGACACCGCAUUCUUUGCAGCUCAUGCUCCGAUAAAUGUAAGAAAUGCCCGAUAUGCCGCGUUGCCAUCGAGGAACGACUACCUGUGUAUGAUGUAUAGAAAAGGUCCCAACUCUCAUUAUACAAACCUGUUUUUGUUCUGUUUUCUUUUUUAUGUUUUUGUUGUUGUUUCCUGAAGAAUGGAAGCCUCAGAUAUAUAUAUAUAUAUAUAUAUAUAUAGGUUUGGACACACUAAUUGGUAUAUGGAUUGCUUGUGUUGUUUA